AAUACUACUUUUACCCUAUAAAUAACUCAAAAUAAUCAGUACUAAGCAUAAUUCAGGAAGCAUGGCUAAUAGCAAAGUUAGCAUCCUUACUCUCCUCCUAAUCUGCGGAUUGUUUUUCUUGGGAAGCAAUGUGCAAUAUGCAGAAGCCCAAAGGAAAAUUUGCCCACAAGUUUGCCUCAAAGUUGGCUACAUGACUUGCCCAAAAUCUGGCCCUAAGAAGCUUCAUCCAGGCUGCACAAACUGUUGCAAAGUAAAGAAGGGUUGCAAACUUUACAGAUCUAAUGGAAGCCUAAUUUGUACUGGAAAGUAAUUGGAUAUGAGAUAAAUCUUAAAUAAAAUGUCAUAUGUUUAUGCUAUAAACAGGCAAAAUAAAUAAAUGAAUCCCUUAUGUUUCUGAGAAAUAAAUACAAGAUUCAGGUUUAAUUAUA